AUGAUGAACCGCCCCGGCGAUGGCCAGUUCCCUCCACCGCCGUCUCCACCACCACCACCUCCACCACCGGAUUCGCAGUUCGACAUCACCGCCGUCGCCCAGGAAGAGCGGUGGCGGCGCGGGGUGGAGCUUUGGCGUGCAGAGCGGCGGCAGCGGUGGGAGGCAAUCGAGCAGCGGGCCCGUCAGCAGCGUGAGGCGGCGGCGGCAGCAGCGGGAGACCCCGCAGCUGAGGAGAACGCGGCGUGGGAGGAGGAGGCGCUGGCGGACACCAUUGCAGCCUUCGACACCACCAUGGCAGAAGAGGCGCGGCGGCGCCGGACGGAGGAGAUCGGCCAGGGGUGGUGUGAUGAGCGUCGGCGCCAGCGCGAGGAGCGGGAGGCGAUCGAGCACCGGCGGCGGGAGGCGAUGGAGCGCCAGCAGCAGCUGGCGACAGAGGAGCGUCAACAGCGGGAGGCGACGCUAGCGGCAACGGAGGCGGCCUGGGGGAGGCGGGCGGGUGCGUUGGCGGCGGAGGCCGACACGUUGGUGCGCGCCUGA